AAGUAAGCAAUGUUUCACAAAAGAAACUGACUGAUCAGGCACCGUGAUCUUGUGAGGUGGAUGAGGAAGAGUAUUUAAAGGAGUCUUGAUGCCCCACAUCUGGUAUACAACAGAGCCCCAAGGAUACUAAAAGACUGUCCCCAGCCCAGCAACAGUCUGUUCAUCCUGCUGCCAUCUGGGAAGAGGACUUAGCUUGGUCACUCAGGCUGUGAGACUGCUAAAUUCAUCCUCAACACUUUAUUUUAUUUUAUGACUUAUUAAUACAUUUUUAUCUGUUUUACAAUUAGCAUGUAUAGAACUCUAUCUGAAUUUCAUUAUAUAACCUGAUGUUGAAAAUCAAAUAACCAAGAAAGUUCAAAGUACAACAAACACAUCAGAUAUCUAUUGCCAAACAAUGAAAACCACACCUACAUUCAUGGGAUCUCAAGGGACAUCAGUAUUACUGUACCAACACAAGAAUGACAAACACAGAGAGGACGCAGGAGUAUUUCUCAUCUACAUUCCACUUUAUUCUGAUUAUAUGUUCACAUUUACAGUAAAUAUUACUGUGAAAUCACAUAAAAUAGUACAACUUAGGUUUAGAGCACUGAACUGUGUUCCACAGUUAUGCAGCUUGCUCAUUAUACAACUCUGCAUUGAAAGUGAAAAAAAAAAAUAACCUUGAAUCCUUAACUGAUAUUGUUUGCUUAUAGCAAACACAGAUCAGAUAUCUAUUACUAAACACAGAAAACUCCUCCUAAAUUCAUGGGAACUCAGGGGACAUCAGUCUUACUGAACCAACACAAGAAUGACAAACACAGAUAAAAUGCAACAGUAUUUCUCAUCUACAUUGCAGUUUAGUUUGAUUAUAUGUUUAAAUUUACAGUAAAUAUUGCUGUGAAAAAACACUUAAUUUGUACAGUUAUAGCAUGUAUGACAGGCAUUAGACAAUUCAUCCUCUGUCUUAUUUUUUAGACUUGUGGAAGAAAUUAAGCAAAGAAACUGUCCAAUCAAAGUGACUCAAACCAAACCAAGGGGUUUGCCAGAGCACAGAAACUGGAAUAGUCUAUUGCUGGGGUGGUACAACAGAAUCAGCAGUGUCCUAUUGAUCCCCAGGAUCUGAUGAUAAUUGCUCUGUUGCUUCCAUCCAAAAUCCAGUAUCAGUUUUGGUAAUUGUAGACCUUGUCAUCAUUGCUGGAUGGAGCUGGAGCAGUGUCUGGCCAUAGACGUGUGUAAGAGUAGUAGAGCAAUGCUGUAAAUACACAACCUUGCAGAGCAAGAUGAGGCCUUGAGAAUUCGGGCGUUGGACGUGUGACUGCAUAUUCUGGUAGUAAAAAAAUCCAGUGCCAAGUGCAAAAGAAGGUGUUUAAUCAAAUCAGUUAGUUAGUGGGAAUGAUGAAUGUGUUAUUAAAAGCUGAACUGAAGUCUAUAAGAAUCAGUUUCAUAAAGUCCCCCCUUGAGGUUUGUGCAGGACUUUUUCAAUCUCACUCCUUAUUGAUUACUGCUGUGUGUCUGUGUGUGUGUCUGUGUGUCCACUCCCUCCACAAACAUUCUGACUAUUUACGCCGGCAGGACUUGCCUUACAUUCAUUUUGUUUUGUAAAAACCCACUUUAAUUCACUUUUCAACUUCUUUUCUCUACAAAUUGUAACUAUUGUGACUAUAAAAUUGUAAUUGUAGUUUUAUUUCCUUGGAGUUCCAGUGACUUAGAUAACCUGUACCAAGGAAUAAUGAAGCUGUUCUGGUGGCUUAUGGUCUUCCAACAUUUCAUAAAGACGUGUUAUUUUAUUUUGUUAAAUUCAAUCAAUUUAAAUGGUUAACUAUGUUCUCAGUUCACUAAACUUCAAUUCUGAAAUUUUGCAAUUCUUGAUAGCACUUCUGUUGCUGAAUGAACUGGAAGAGUGGGAAAUCAUUCUUUGGAUAUUGAUACCUGAUCAGUUUUUGCUUCACGAGACUCAGCAUACUCUGUCACUAAACAAAUACAGAAAACAGCGUUAUGUUUAUUCAUAUUUGCAUUUUAUGAGUUCGUUGUCCAUGGGUGUAUCCUCAGUUCCUGGUUCUGGGAUGGCAGGAUUGCACAAGCAAAUGUAUAUAAGAGACAGACUUUCUCCUGUUCAAAACCUCAGACACUGACAAAGAAGAGAAUUCUGCAACAGUCAUCAUCUUUGACAUCUGCAGCAACUCCAACUCACCAUGAAGAUGCUAGCUGUGUCUGUACUUGUUGUUGCCAUGAUGGCUCUGACUAGGGCUGCCCCUCUUCCAGACUCAGAGGCCUCGGUUGCGACAGAAGGAACAAUUCAAGAAAACUCAGAGACUGCUCCUGUGACAGAAAUACUGACUGAACAAAGCUCAGAGACCGCUCCUGUAACAGAAGAAACAAUUGAAGAAACUUAUUUUACAGAUGAGGAUGAGGUGAGCGGAUCAGGAGAUGACAUAUCUGGGACAGAAUCAACAGAUGAAGAAAAUGCAAAGAGUGGAAAUGGAACAGCUGCACCUACAAAUGGAAAUCAUCACGGUCCCAGUGAUCCAUUAACGUGCGAGGAAUUCUGUCGUCACAACUUUCAUACAUUCAGCAGUUGGGAGAUGGAGAUUUGCUGUGAGGCCUUGCGUCCAUACCCAGCCUCUGUGCAGGGUAUGUCCAUCGAAGAGAUUGGGGCUUUGGUAUACAGUGGACAAGUGUGGAUUGGAGACUUUGAAGCACAACAGGAAAAACAUGCUGGGAUUUAUUAGAUAGUUACGAACACGUCUGUACCAUGACAUCCUGCUGAUUCCUGGACAAACACAGAGGCAUGAAGGAUGUGUCAAAAGCAAAGAUGGUGGAGGAUGUGUGUUUGUGUCUACUGUGUGUAUAUGCACUCAUCUCGUCUCAUACAUAACCUGAAGGCUCUAUAUCUCACAUCAAAUCUGAAUAUCUUUGCUAUUGCUGUAACGCUGCUUAAGGAAAGAAGAGACAAGUGACAUGCUUCUUAGGCCUUGUGCUGUUGAUAGCAGAUUGAAUGAUUAUGAAAAAAACUUAAUCAUUAAAAGGCUCAAGCAUUGAAA